AUGCGGCCCGUCAGCUCGUGGGUCCACGUGGCGGCCCUGCUGUCCGCAAUAACCACGAUUUCGCAAGCUGUCCAGCUUCCGCUGCCCGUUAAGCUUGUUCACCAAUUCCCGGCCCCCACAUAUCUCAACAGUCUGUACGUGCGACCGAACGGGGACAUCUAUGUCACUACAGUCUGGCCAGAUGCCUCGAUAUACAGCGUCACAGGCGCAAAUACAGACGCGCCCACGGGAUCCCUUGUUCACACGUUCGACGAGAUCAAUGUCGUGACAUCAAUCACGGAGGCCGAGCCUGGUGUUCUAGUGUUCCUCGGCGGCAACCAGAGCAGUAUUGGCGUUGGAGUAUUCGGCACGUUUGGCGUUUAUGAGAUCGAUAUUCGUCCCCAAGCCAAGGGAGGAAAAGCAUCCAUUCGAUAUGCCGUACCGAUGCCAGACGCUGGUCUGAUGACUGGCAUUCAAGCACUCCCUCUUUCACCAUCGACUUUGCUGGUCAGUGACUCGUUCCUCGGCUUGGUAUACAAGGUCGAUACCAUGACAGGCAAAUACGAGGUCGCAAUCAAAGACGAGGCCUCAAUGGGCCAUCCCUCAUGGACAGUGACACCGUUCGGAAUCAACAAUCUGCGUAUACACAAUGGGUAUCUGUACUGGACAAACAGCUAUGUGGCAUCCGUGUACCGGGUCGCUAUCACCAAAGACGGAUAUGCUGCUCCUGGAUCGAAGAUCGAGUUGGUCAAGAGGUUACAGACCAUUUAUUUGGAUUCAAUUUGUCUUGGUCCCGGCGAGAGUGAUACAAUCUGGGGUGCGACGAAUGCAGACAAUCGACUUGUUGCGAUCACAUCCGAUGGAAAUGCGACGUUUGUUGCCGGAUCACCGACUGAAAUGACGAUCGCUGGGUCUGUAGCGCCCGGAUUCGGCACGCUGCCGGGCGACACUGAGACUUUGUAUGUUGCGACUGGAGGUUCGCUCCUUUUCCCCGUCAAUGGGACGGUAACGGAGGGUGGGAAGAUCGUUGCCGUGGAUACCACCGGCUUCGGGUCGGGCGAGAGCAACCCUCGAGAAAAGGCGCAAAAGGCGCAACCUUGUAUCACAUUUAGUCCACAGACCACAUCUUGGAUGGAUUACCUCUGGCAACUCCCUUUGAGGCACUUGUCACUUCUUUGA